UUUCAUUAGUUGUGCAAGCGAUGUGCUCAAGCCAUAAAACCCCAUCCGAUGGACAAACACACAAGCUCACCGUCAGGGACCCCCAGCGGCCUUGGCUGCAUUUCAGCGAUUAUCUCACAUGGAUCCCAGAACCCGCAGGGCCGGGGACAUAAACCCUUCCCCCUCCCCCUCCCUCCCUCCCCAACCACAAGGCUACCCUGGAGUCGCAUAAGCCGCUGCCUAUCAUUGACGUGACGCCGAACCCUAGCGCCCGCGCUCAGCUUAGCUCCCUUUUCGCUUCGAGCCCAGCCGGUCAGCGGUGACGUUCAGCCCAUCCCUCUUGCCGUAAGCCGCCGACGAGGUGGGCAACGCCGGGCAAAAGAACCUUCAAGGGCGGACGAAUAGGCAGGAAUGUGUUAGCGCGAGGACGGAGAAUGAUCCAAUAAUGGCCGAACAUGGUUGCCGAUGGAUAAGGUGCCCAUUUACUCUGCCGACUGGGCCGCCCCUUUGAGCACAGAGAUGGUGCUUUAUAAAGAGGCCAGCUAGGCCGGGCCGCGUCCGGUUGUCCUCUGCUGCAGAAAACAGGAUUUCUCGAAACAAGACAUCUCUCCAGCCGUCUCUGCUCGCUACGCUGGGGCUGCAAAAACUAGCGUCAGCCUCGAAGCAGUUACACCGGCAUCAGAACAGUUCAUCAGAAAAGUUCUUCACCAUGGCCGCCCUCGCCGAGCCCCUGCCCAACGGCAAGGCGGAUUCGGAAUUCGUCUCCAAGGAGCGCUCCCAGGCGCCGUCGGAUACGUCGGUCGUCGACGUCGAGUCGCGGGGCGCGUCCGAGGAGCACCUGAUGAACACCACGGUCCAGAACAUCAGCUGGAAGGGCAUCACCGUGACCGUGACGGACCGGGAAACCAAGCAGCCCAAGCGGCUGGUCGACGACCUGGAGGGCGUGGUGUAUGCAGGAGAGCUAUGCGCCCUGAUGGGCCCCUCGGGGUCGGGCAAGACGACACUACUCAACGCCCUGGCCUCGCGCCCGUGGGGCUCGGGCAAGGCCUCGGGCUCGGUCCUGGUGGACGGGCGGGAGCCGUCGCGGGCGGCGUUCCGGCGCGCGACGUGCUUCGUCGAGCAGGAGGACGCGCUGAUCGGGUCGCUGACGGUGCGGGAGACGCUCGAGUUUGCGUCGCGCCUGUCGGGCGGCGGCGGCGGCUGGUCGGCACUAUCGCGGCGUGAGCGGCUGGCGCGCGUCGACGGGCUUCUAGACUCGUUCGGCCUGCGCGCCCAGGCCGCCACCAUAAUCGGCACCCCGAUCCGCAAGGGCAUCAGCGGCGGCCAGAAGCGCCGCGUCGGCGUCGCCAGCCAGCUCAUCACCAGCCCCAAGAUCCUGUUCCUCGACGAGCCCACCAGCGGCCUCGACUCGGCCGCCAGCAAGGAGGUCAUCAGCUACCUUAGGGGGGUGGCCAAGCGCAACAAUCUCAUCGUCAUCGCCAGCAUCCACCAGCCCUCCACCUCGACCUUUGCGCUCUUCGACAAGAUCUGUCUCCUGUCGCAGGGCCUGCCGCACUACUUCGGCCCCGUCGCCGACGUGCAGCCCUACUACGAGGGGCUGGGCCUGCCCAUCCCGAACCACACGAACCCGGCCGAGUGGCUGCUGGAGCUCGUCAACGUCGACUUUGCCCCCGACAGGGCCGAGGCCCAGGCCCGCCUCGACGGGUGGCAGCGCGCCUGGGUCGCCUCGGACCGCCGUCGCCACCUGGCUGCCCAGGUGGCGCUGGUCGAGACCCAGGGCGCCGCCGACGCCGCCGCAACGUCGGCCGAGGACGCCUCCUCGGCCGACAGGAAGCCGGGACUCCCGAGCCUGGUGCUGACGUUGCUACACCGGUCUUUUGUCAAGAGCUACCGGGACGUGGUCGCGUAUGGGAUCCGUCUUGCCAUGUAUACUGGUCUCGCCAUAAUGAUGGGGACAGUCUGGCUCAGACUCUCAACCGACCAGACUUCCAUCAUUCCCCUGACAAACGCGAUAUUCUUUGGCUCCGCCUUCAUGUCCUUCAUGGCAGUCGCGUACGUCCCGGCAUUUAUCGAGGACCGUAACCAAUACGUAAAAGAGCACCACAAUGGCCUAUACGGCGCGUCCGCCCUCGUCAUAUCCAACUUCCUGAUUGGCAUACCCUAUCUUUUCCUCAUCGCCAUGACCUUCUCGGCCAUCUCGUACUGGCUGUCCAACUUCCGCCCGACGGCCGACGCCUUCUUCACGUGGGUCAUGUGGGUGUUCCUCGACCUGCUGGCGGCCGAGAGCCUAGUGGUCCUGAUCACGGCCAUCUUCCCGAGCUUCGUCGUGUCGCUGGCGCUGGUGGCCUUUGCCAACGGGCUGUGGAUGUCGGUGAACGGGUUCAUGGUUCAGCCCACCAUCCUCAACGUCUUUUACAAAUACGUCUUCCAUUACUGGGACUACCAAAAAUACGUGUUCGAGGGCAUGAUGGUCAACGAGUUUGGGUACCGGAACUACACCUGCGGCGACUCGUGCCAGUGCAUGUACGUCACCGAGCUGGUCGACCAGUGCAAGAUCGCCGGCACCGGCGUCCUCCAGCAAUACGGCUACGGCACCGGCAAGAUGGCGCAGCACGUCGGCAUCAUGAUUUCCAUCAUUGCUGGAUAUCGGAUCGCCGGGUGGAUCGCUUUGAAGCUGAGGAAGUGAUGGACCUGCACGGCGAGUGUUACUUUUUUUUGUUCAUUGUGCAGGGUGGCAGAUGGUGAAUAGAUAGAUGGUUUUGGGUGGUUGCCUCUGACCGCUCCGGGCCCAGGUUGGGAUUGCUCAAUACCGGCCGGUUUGAAUAAAUAUCAACACAUCAUCCUCUUAUUACAAAACCGUAAUGCAGCAUCCGCGUACAAGAGCGCCCACAUCCUGGUCACAGCUGGC